AUGUCGCUUUGGGACGCAGACGCAGCAGGAAACGCUGCACAAUGGCUUCGACUUCCGCAAGAGACCAUGCUAGAGAUUCAAAACCGCCCUUACUCGGGACGAAAUGCCGUUUGGGUUCCAAACUCUGCUACUCAAUACUGCAAGGGUGAAGUUAUCGGCGACGGUAAAAAACCUGGACACAAGCUGGUCAAACGUGAAGAUGGAAAAGAGAAGGAAUACCACGAGGACCAUAUCGAGUUCCAGAAUCCUCCCAAAUACGAGCUUCUUGAAGAUCUCGCCAACUUGACCUACCUUUCAGAAGCAUCAGUCGUUUACAACUUAUCAGAGCGAUACACGCGAUUCAUGAUCUACACCUAUUCCGGUCUUUUCUGCAUCACCGUGAACCCUUACAAAUGGCUGACUGUCUACGACAACCACGUCGUUGGAAUUUACAAAGGAAAGAGGAAGUCGGAAAUGCCCCCACAUAUCUUCGCCAUUUCCGAUAAUGCUUACAACGACAUGUUGCGAGAACGACACAACCAGUCUAUGUUGAUCACUGGUGAGUCAGGCGCUGGUAAAACUGUCAACACCAAGCGAGUCAUCCAAUACUUCGCCGUCGUCGCCGCCCUCGGCCAAUCUGCUAAAGGAAACGAAGAUGGUGCACCAGCUCUCAAAGGAGGCGGAACCUUGGAAGAUCAGAUCGUCGCUGCUAACCCUGCUAUGGAAGCAUUUGAUUACGCAAGCCCCGAUGAAGCUGCUAAGAAAUCUGCCGGAAAGGGAGGUAAACGUCAAAAGGGUGGUUCUUUCCAAACUGUGUCCGCUCUUCACCGAGAGUCGCUCAACCGACUUAUGACCAACUUGAGGUCAACACAACCUCAUUUUGUCCGCUGCAUUGUGCCAAACGAGUGCAAGAAACCUGGAGAAAUGGACUGGAAUUUGGUCCUCCAUCAGCUUCGAUGCAAUGGUGUCUUGGAAGGUAUUCGUAUCUGCCGAAAGGGUUUCCCCAGCAGAAUUCAAUACGACGAGUUUACUCAGCGUUAUCUCAUUCUUGCUCCAUCUGUUGAGAAAGGAAACGGAGAAUUCGCUGACCCUAAGAAAGCCGCUCAAAACGUUUUGGCCAGUCUUGCUGAAUCGGGCAGUAUGGAUCAAGAUAAAUACCGACUUGGUCAUACGAAGCUCUUCUUCCGAGCAGGAGCAAUCGGUGACUUGGAAGAUCUUAGAGACGAAAAGAUCUCUUCAAUCCUUACAUCACUUCAGUGCUUCUUCCGAUACAAGCUUGCUGCUAUCAAAUACAACGAGCUCGUUCGACGUCGAAAUGCUAUUGAUCUGAUUCAGACCAAUAUUCGAUGCUUCCAGUACCUCAAAGAUUGGGAAUGGAUGAAGAUCAUGUUCAAGAUCAAGCCUCUUAUCUCUCAGGCCGAAGAAGGCAAGAAGCUCCAAGAACUCGAGAAGAACUAUGCUGAAUGCAAAGCCGCGCUCGAGAAGGAGACCAAACGACGAAAAGAACUUGAAGAAGCCCAAGUCUCCCUAGUUCAGGAGAAAAAUGAGCUCGAGCAAAAAAUGAAUGGCCAGCUUGCGCUUCUUGAAGAUGCAGAAACAAGGUGCGAGGAACUCAUUGAGCAAAAAAUUGAGCUCGACGCAAAAUGUCGCGAUAUGCAAGAAAAACUCGAAGAGGAGGAAGAACUCAACAACGACCUUGUCGCUAAAAAGCGAAAACUUGAAGACGAAUGCUCUGAGCUCAAGAAGGACAUUGAUGAUCUAGAAUUGACUCUUGCAAAGAUCGAGAAAGAAAAACAUGCCACCGAGAACAAGGUCAAGAACGUCACCGAGGAACUUACCUCCGUCGAAGAAACUAUUUUGAAGCUUCAAAAAGAGAAAAAGGCUCUCCAAGAAGCUCAAAAGCAAACUCUUGCCGAUCUGCAAUCAGAAGAAGAAAAAGUUGGAUCUCUUUCAAAAGCAAAAGGAAAGUUGGAAACUCAAGUUGACGAUCUCGAAAUCACACUCGAGGCCGAGAAGAAGAACCGAAUGGAUCUUGAGCGAGCCAAGCGAAAGUUGGAAGGCGACAUCCGUCUCACGCAGGAAAAUGUGAUGGAUCUGGAGAACGACAAAGCAGGCGAAGAGGAAAAACUCAAAAAGUCUGAGUUUGAUUUCUCGCAAAUGAAUGCAAAACUCGAAGACGAGCAGGCACUCUCUGGCCAGCUACACAAAAAAAUCAAAGAGCUCCAGUCUCGUACUGAAGAAGUUGAAGAGGAGCUCGAGUCUGAGAGAGGUUCUCGCGCUAGAUCCGAGAAAACUCGAACCGACCUUUCUCGAGAGCUCGAAGAACUCGCUGAGCGUCUUGAAGAAGCGGCAAGCAAUACCCAGACUGAAAUUGAGGCCUCAAAGCGGCGUGAAGCUGAGAUGGCCAAGAUUCGAAGAGAGCUUGAAGAAGCUACACUCAACCAUGAGGCAACUCUGAGCAACACCCGCAAAAAGCAGAGUGAUCAAAUCGGAUCCCUCAAUAACUCUAUCGAACAGUUCUCCCGGCAGAAGCAGAAACUCGAAAAAGAAAAGUCUGAGAUGAAGAUGGAAGUUGAUGAUCUUCAGCAAAACGUUGAGCAGCUCACUAAAUCCAAGCUCAAUUAUGAGAAACAAAACCGCAAUACUGAGGAUCAAAUAAUGGAGUACAAGCAAAAACUCGAAGAAGCUGACUCGACUCUCAACACAUUGAACUCAAAUAGAGCUAAAAACGCGAAUGAGAUCAAUGAGCUCCGACGAUUGAUCGAGGAAAAAGAAGCCUCGUUCAACCAGAUCCAACGCCAGAAAAACUCGUUGACCCAAACCAAUGAAGAAAUCAAGAGACAGCUUGAUGAAGAAACGAAGUCUAAGAAUGCCUUCUCUCAUCAAUUGCAACAGACAAAGCACGACAUCGACAUGCUUCGUGAACACUACGAAGAAGAACAAGAAGGCAAACAGGAAGUCCAGCGUAAUCUUACCAAGAGCCAAGGUGAAGUCGUUUUCUGGCGCAACAAAAGCGAAAAGAAGCUCGUCAACCGACUCCAGGAAGCUGAAGAGCAAAUGGAAGCGGCUCAAGGACGAUGUGGAUCCUUGGACAAGACCAAGACCCGUCUCCAAGGCGAAGUUGAGGACUUGGGCUCUGAUCUCGAGCGAUCAAACGCUGCUGCUGUCCAGUUGGACAAGAAACAGCGAAACUUUGACAAACUCCUGGCUGAAACUAAACAAAAGCAAGAGGAACUUCAAGUUGAGCUCGAAGUUUCGCAGAAAGAAGCCCGAAAUCAGCAAUCUGAGCUUUUCACUCUCAAAAACUCUGUUGAAGAGUCCUGCGAUCAGCUUGAAGCCAUCCGAAGAGAAAACAAAAACCUUGCUGAAGAAGUCGCCGAAUGCCAAGAAUCGCUUGCUGAAAGCGCCAAGACGAUUCAUGACUUGGAAAAAUCAAAGCGAGAACUUGACUCUGUUCGAUCAGAAAUCCAGGCAACUCUUGAAGAAUCCGAAAGCAUCGUUGAAGCUGAGGAAGCAAAAUGCCUCCGAGUUCAAGUUGAGCUCCAGCAGAUCAAGCAGGAAAUGGACCGAAAGCUCGCUGAAAAAGAUGAAGAGAUCGACAAUAACCGACGAAACCACACUCGCGCUUUGGAACAGAUUCAGGCCAGUCUUGACAAUGAGAUGCGAGCUAGAGGUGAAGCCGUUCGAAGCCGAAAGAAAAUGGAAUCAGAUUUGAACGAUCUUGAAGUUCAAUGCCGCCAUGUGCGAAAGCAAGCUGAUGAUGCCAUCAAGCAUGGCAAAGAACUUCUCAACAGCCAAAAAGAGCUCACCAUUACCCUCGAUGACCACCAGAGAGGAUCUGAGGACAUCAAAGAGCAGAGUCAAGUUGCCGAACGUCGCGUCAAUUUGAUGACUGGCGAAAUUGAAGAGCUUCGAGGAGGGCUUGAUCAAGCAGAGAGACAGCGAAAGCAAGCCGAAAAUGACCUCAUGGAAGCGAACGAGCGUGCAAACAUGCUUCAUACGCAAAACACAGCAUUUAUCAACCAAAAGCGAAAAAUCGAGAACGAACUUGGAACCGUCCGAAAUGAAGUCGAAGAAGCAAUCACAGAAGCUCGAUCUGCUGAAGAAGCGGCCAAGAAAGCACUCACCACUGCUGCUCUUCUGGCUGAAGACCUCAAGAAAGAACAAGAUACAUCUCAUCACAUGGAGCGCAUGAAGAAGAACCAUGAAAACUCUGUCAAGGACCUCCAGCUCCGACUGGAUGAAGCUGAGCAAGUUGCCCUGAAGGGCGGAAAGAAACAAGUCCAGAAACUUGAAGCGAAAAUUCGCGAAGUUGAAGGCGAACUCGAAUCUGAGCAUCGCCGAAACGCUGAGCACACCAAGGUUGUCCGAAAACUCGAGCGCAAAUUGAAGGAAUCUACCUACACCAACACUGAGAGCAAGAAGAAUCUGACUCGAGUCACCGACCAAGCUGAGAAGCUCCAGGCAAAGGUUCGCAACUUCAAGAAGCAGUCUGAAGAGGCCACCGAAGCCGCGCAAAUGUCAGCUUCUCGAUAUCGAAAGCUUCAACACGAGCUUGACGAAGCCGAGGAACGAGCUGAGCUCGCAGAAGCUGCUGUUGCCAAGGCUCGAAACCGACAGCGCGAACAGAUCUAA